GGAUUUCCAGCGGGGCUACGGAGUACGGAAGAAUUAAUUCUCAUCAAUCAACGGCCAGCGUCUCUUUAUCCAGCGUGCGGUACCAGACCAAAGACGGGAAUGGGGCAGCUCUCGUCGUGGGGGAACUCGCCCUUCGCAGCUAUGGCGUGGCCCAAGGAAUAUAAUUGCCAUUCCUUGCUCGAGUACAAAUAGUGUCGUUCGGCUCUACUGUUGGAUCGAGCUCUAGCCAGAGUCUACGCCGAACCCUACGUCCACGAUGAACACUGCCCUCCCUCUCAACACGGGUGCAACCAUCCCCGCCCUCGGGCUCGGGACCUGGCAGUCCGCACCGGGCGAAGUGAAAGCCGCCGUCAUCCACGCCAUCGAAGCCGGCUACCGACACAUUGACUGCGCGUACUGCUACCAGAACGAGGACGAGGUGGGCGAAGCACUCCAGGACGUCAUCCAGCGGGGCAUCGUGAAGCGGGAAGAGCUCUUCAUCACGAGCAAGCUCUGGUGUACGUUCCACACUCGAGCCGAGGAGGGCUUGCAGAAGAGCUUGGAGCUGCUCAAGCUCGACUAUGUCGACUUGUACCUGAUGCAUUGGCCGGUCCCGAUGAAUCCCAACGGAAACCACCCCCUCUUCCCCAAACUCCCGGACGGCUCCCGCGACAUCGACCGCAGCAUAACCCACAUCGACACAUGGAAGGCGCUCGAAAAGCUCAUCCAGACCCACCCGGACAAAGUCAAGGCCAUCGGCGUGGCCAACUACUCGGUCAAGUACCUCGAGAAGCUCCUCGCACAGGCGACCAUCGUCCCCGCCGUCAACCAGAUCGAGAACCACCCGCUGCUCCCCCAGCAGGAAGUCGUCGAUUUCUGCAAACAGAAGGGCAUCCAUAUCACCGCGUACAGUCCCCUGGGUAGCACGGGCUCGCCGCUGUUCAAGGACGAGACGGUGCUUGAGAUUGCGAAGAAGCAUAAUGUGGGCGCGGGGACUGUCCUGUUGAGCUACCACCUGGCUCGCAACUCGUCCGUCCUCGCCAAAUCGGUCAACCCGGCCCGCAUCGACGAGAACCGCAAGCUCAUUCAGCUGGACGAGGCUGAUAUGGCAACGCUGGCGGCACUCCCGGAGAAGAGAGGAGGGUUCAGUCGGUUCGUGUAUCCGCCUUUUGGCGUCAAUGUGGGCUUCCCGGAUAAGCCUGAGGGGAUCGAUCUGAGUGGUUGAGCUGAUUUAAUGGGAAUAUAUCGUGACUUGUAUAGAAGGUUGAGUAAUUCAGCGUUUACGAAUAUAGACCUCAUAGAUGAACUAACUGGCCAUAU